UGAGGACAGAACACUUCCUUAAAAAUGAUAAAAUACUUUAAGAUGUUUCUACUUUAUUGCACCAUCCUUUGUUAUAUUAGACAAGUAAAUGGAUAUAACAUAGAUCUCAUGACAGCACGCAAAGAUAUUGAAAACCUGAGAAAAUACUUGGUAAGUAUGAACAAGAACACCAAAGACUCAUCUGAUACUGACGAUACUGUAUUAUUUUCAAAGCUGCUAGACUCUUGGACUGAGGAUGGAGAAAAGAAAUUAUUGUUAAGCCAGAUUGUUCCUAUGUACUUGAAGAUGCUUGACUCUAUGAAGAGCACUGAACUAAAAGACAGUAUUACAAAUCUGACACAGAUGCUUAAUUCGUCGUAUGACGACUUCAUGAAGCAAAGUGAUCAAAAACUUAAAGGACUGAAUGAAGUAAAAAAAAUUCAGCUGUCAGAUAUCAAAAACCAGCGUGCAGCCAUCAAAGAACUUCUACGCAUUCUCCGAGAUAUUUCCAUCAUGAGUCAGAGAAAAGAAAAGCCAAAGUGCAAAAGAGAAAACACACGAAGGCGGAGAGGAUGCUAGAGGGCCUCUUACAGUACUACCAGAGGCGUCACCGGGUGUGGUGGCACUCGGUGCGCACCCCUGAUCUCCUGCCACGAUUGCGGCAAAAAGGGGGCAUGGUCUUACACUUAGGGGGCGUGGCUUCACGGGGAUCCCGGAAUCGUCACUCCGGGGGCGUGCCCAGCAUCUCCGGAGAUGCUGGGCUUCCCCCAGAGACGGUCUCCGUGCGCUGUCAGUUCCUCUUCUAUGACAGGAGCCAGGUGCUGUAGGAGACUUUCUCACUGCAGCACCUGGCUCCUGACACUGCGGAGGAGCUGACAUUUGGCGUCACCCCCCUCCAGGUGUCACACCCGGGUGCGGGCCGCACCCCCCACACCCGCCUUGUGACGCCGCUGAGUACUACCACAAUUAAUACUAGUUCAUUUAAAAUGAAAGAUAUACUGUAUUUAUGAUAUUUAUCUUGUAUUUUCUAUUGUAAUUUAUAUAAAAA